AUGGCCCGUGGCCCAGAGCUUCCACCGUACGUUCGUGAGCGUAUAUGUGAGCUAAAACGCUCAGCAAAAUGGGGUGCUAAACGUAUUCAAAAGCAUGCAUACCCUCAUAUUCCUCUCUCAACCAUUCAUUAUACCUUACGCCAGGAAGCAAAGCGCGUCCACGGUAUUUCAAUACCUCGCCCUGGCCCCCCUCGGAAGCUUACUGAAGAGGACCGAGAUCGUGUGUAUGAUACUAUUUAG